AUGGUAUUCUAUGCUUAUUCCAAAUAUAGCAAGGAUGAUGUCUCCUGGCGCUAUCUCAUUACAGCCUCGAGCCUGGAAGUGCUAGACGAGUGGUACCGGGCCAUGCGGAAGGCAGUCCCUACAGAUGCUGUUACUAGAGUGUCUCCCGAGUUUUACAUUCAUGAUGCGAACCAAGUCGACCUUGGAAGAUGCACUUACUCGACGAGAGCAGGUAUCAUAGGAUUUGCCCCUGAGUUUAUGAACCGGAUGACAUUCACACUUCUUAACGACGUUGGUGGAACUAUAUACUGGACGUUCUACAACAGACAUGUUACCAAUCAUAUCAGCGGAAACUCCUUUUUUAUCCGUUCAAAGAGUGAUCCAUCAGUGUUCUGGUAUGCAAGCGGAAAUGAGAUAUACGCUGCUAAAGGCGGACGUACCAAGUUCUGCAUCACUGGAAAAGACCUGGAAAAGGGUGCCGUGAUGAUUAGAGGGGACUCUAUUUCAAUCUCACCCAUUGAUAACAGGAACACCUCCGUGUCAGUUGCCAGUGAUAGUUCGCUAGUCCUUGACCCAAGGGGUGCUGAUUUUAAGUUUGGCGAAUUCAAGUAUGGCUUUCUCUCUAAUGGCUGGGAAAACAAGACUAGGGUGUUCAAAGUUAGGGAUGAUGGCGAGGAGUGGGAAUUGGUAGCCUAA